CCUAUCCGCCGCCCGUCGGCAAACUAAGCUUGAAGGAUGAGUUUAAGCUUUCGAGUUCGCCUUUUCGUACGCCGCUUCUCCUCCUCCACCGCUACCACGGUGGUGGGACCUAGCCCGGACCCUAACCCCCGUUCGUACACGGAGACGCUCGCCGUUACCAUCAACAAACUCUCCAAGGAGCGCGACCCCGACAAGCUCGCCGCCGGCUUCAUCGCCGCCUCCGCCUCCUACCGCUUCCGCUGCCGCCACCGCAUCUAUGAGAUCGCCGUCCGCCGCCUCGAAAAGGCCGGCCGCCUUGACGCUGUCGAGGCCAUCCUCGAGGCCCAGAAGCGGUUCCCCUCCGACCUCGCCCGCGAGGGCUUCGCCGUCCGUCUCAUUUCCCUCUACGGCAAGGCCUCCAUGGCCACCCACGCCGCCACUACCUUUCGCCAGCUUCCCGCCCUCGGAACCCCGCGCUCCGUCAUGUCCUUCAAUGCCCUCCUCACCGCAUUCGCUGACUCCGGCGAUGUCGAGGGCCUGGUCGCCGCUUUCCGCGAUAUUCCUGCCGCCGACACCACCAUCGUCCCGAAUCUCAUCUCCUACAACGUCCUCAUCUGCGCCCUCUGCGAAAAAGGCGAUCUUGAUGCGGCCCUGGGUACGGUAGACCUCAUGGAGAGGAAUGGGAUAUCUCCUGAUGUGAUCACCUGCAACACCCUCCUGCAUUGGUCCUACGAGAAGAAGGAAUCUUCGGAAGCCGAAAAGAUUUGGGCUUUGAUGUGGAAGAAGAACAUCGAGCCCAACAGAAAAAGCUUCAACACGAAAUUGAGGUGGCUGGUUUCAGAAGGGAGGACUGCGGAAGCAGCUAAGCUCGUCGACCAGUUGAACCACGUCGGGCUGCAGCCGGACGCCUUCUCCUUCAAUGCGCUUAUCAAAGGGUAUUUCCAAGAAGGGAACUUGGAGGAGGCCAAGAGGCUGUUUUCAGAUUUUGCGAAGAACCAAUGCGCACCAAACAAGGGGACCUUUGAGAUUAUUAUCCCUUACCUUUGUGAGGCCGGUGAGCUCGACUUGGCUCUAAAAUGCUGCUAUGAUAGCAUGAAUACGCGGUGUUUUGUGGAAGCGGCAGUAUUCCAGAGGGUGGUGAACGGAUUGGCAAAGAGUUCGAGGAUGGACGAGGCUACAAAGCUUGUGGAUGUUGGAAGGAAGAAUAAUUAUUCUAGGAAGAGCCUUCGGAUUCCUUCAUCCAAUUUGAGCUUGGCCGUAUAGGGUUUUACCAUUUAAAGAUGCUUCUUUAAUCUGGCUGCCUAUCAUACUAUUUAAUCUACUUCCUCAGAACCUUCUUAGACUCAGAAGAAGAAACUUAAAGGAUGCCAGACAAGCUUUAUUCAGAUAAUGGAGCAGGUUAAUGGCACCUACAAAUGUAUUCUUCUUAUUCUUAUUCUUAUCAUAUGAGGCAUUGGAAGAAACACUAUUCUUGAGGUUGAAAGAAAUCCUUUAACAUGAUCAACAUUCUGAAUUGUUUACAUUCUUGACAACUUUGCAAUAAUGUGUGUGUUCAAAAUUACAAGCUCUUUGGCAAAUUUUUGUGCUCACAAAUUGCUUGUAUCACAUGAGAAUUGAAAACAAGAUAGAUCCAAAAUGAUGGUUAAGCAUUUCUCUCGACUUGUUGAGGUCAAGUCCAGUAAGCGAAAUUAAUGAGUAUUCUCUGAAGUUUCAGAGUUUUAGUCAACCAUUCUUGAAACCUGAUGGUCAAACAUCUCUCUCAGUCAAAUUUGCUUCAAAAAGUGGUAUUUUCUUCAUUUCAUACUCAAAUGCGCUUUCUGUUGAUGAACAUUUGAAGAAGACAUGUCAUCUCAGCAACUUGAGGAUACUUCUGUAGAAUGUGAGCAUAAGGUGAGAGAAAGCAGCAAGGCAGAAAUCCAAGACAAACCAUGGGCCAAGAAAAGUAAACAGAAUCUAGUAAAGGCUCAAUGGGAAAACACAGAUCCAGGAAAAGCAAAACCAGCUUCAGUUCACAGAAACAGAUAUCUCAAUCAGCUCUUACAGCACUACAUGCAUCAUCAAGAAGUUGAAGGAAGCCGCUGCAUUUGAAGCAGUACAAUGCAUGUGAAGUGGUCUGCUUCGCUGCAUCCUGCUGGCCAAGUUGGUGAGGCCAGAGAUCCCAAGGUUGCAGACUUCUUCAUCUCAGAAAUGGAGGGGGAUAAGGUGUGGUCCAGAGCAGGAAAGAUUCCCCGAAGCAACAUGGGGAAUCCUCAUCUCUGCCUUUGCGAAAGGCAGCAGCUUGAGCUUUAUAAAAGGUGAGUUCUAUGGGAGCAUCCCCCUUCGACGCUUGCUUUGCGAAUGCCACCACCGAGGGUGAUCGAGGUCCGAUCAGGCGAUCAGAGCUCGCACUCGCAGAAAUGGCGAGUUGCCUUCACGGAAGACGCGUUCCGUUGCUUGCGGCGGGGAUGCUGUUGGAAAGGUGUUUGGUGAAGGGUCGCUCUUCAACCCGCUACUGUUCGGGAAGUUCUUCGACCCUGCCGAUACGUUCCCGUUGUGGGAGUUCGAGGCGGAGACAUUGCUCUCUGGCCCUGGGAACACCUCCAAGACCGCCUUUGAUUGGUCUGAAACAGACUCAGAGUAUGCUCUGAGAGCUGAGUUACCAGGUACUGGUGUCUCCUUCUACAGGAAACAGAUCUAUCUAUGUCCAUAUAUCAUCGAUAGAAUCUCAACACCAUGCUUCUCAGUUGGUGAAAGGAAAUGUGACGUAGAAAUAUGUGGCGUGAAGGAGAAGGUGGUGGAGAUCAGUGGCUUGUGGCGUGGGUGAGAAGCUGAAGCAAGGGAGUGGAAGACCGGCCGCUGGUGGGAACAUGGCUUCGUCAGGCGACUUGAGCUGCCACCGGAUGCAAACUGGAAGAAGACUGAAGCGUACAUCAACGAUGACAUCUUUCUGGAGAUCAAAAUCCCAAAGACUGCUUCUGGCAGUAAUCUCUGUAUGUCCAUUUGUUCCUGCAGGAAGAGAGUAGGAGAUGGUGUAUAUGAUAGCCGAAGAAUGCUUUCUCUCUCCCACCCACAAGGAUCUCAAUUGAAGGAUGAAGUCAGGAUGCGCAGUGCUGCAUCCACAACAUCGGCAAAGGCACCACCAACACUCAUAUCAGUUUCUGGAUCAAAUGGGUAUGGCUUCAUAGUCUCUGUAGCUUCCAAGAUUUCAUC